AUGUCUACCAAGGUUUUUAGCUUAAAUGAAGUUGCUCAACACAAGUCAAAGAAUGACUUAUGGUUGGUUAUUCAUAACAAAGUGUAUGAUAUCACUUCUUUUGUCGUCGAGCAUCCUGGUGGUGAGGAGGUUUUGAUUGACGAAGCAGGCAAGGAUGCCACUGAAGCAUUUGAAGAUAUUGGACACUCUGAUGAAGCACGUGAGAUGCUUGACAAGUACCAAAUUGGUGUUUUAGAUGAAGCUUCACAAAAGAAGGAAUACAAUGUCAACGUUAUUCGUGCUGGUGAAUUACCAGAAGAACAAAAGAGCGGCUCCUCCUGGCGCAUUAUUUUACCUGCCCUUGCCAUUCUUGGUGCUGUUGUCUACAAGUUUGUUGUUGCACCCAAAUCUCAUUAA